AUAAAAAAACAUGGAGUAGUGGGUUUGAAUAUUUUACUUAGUUUAAACAUCAUGUAGCAUCAAUAAAGCUCUGGAACAAGCUGAUACAGAAUGCAUAAUGUACGGUACUGACAGAGUGAAAUACAAUGCUUUUUCUAACCUUAAAUGUAAUGGGACAAGGGGAAAUAAGAGGUGACGGGGUUCAGUCGACUAAUAACGAUGUUCCCCUCCCAUAAUUCUCUUUCUCCGCAGUUUCUCCUCUGAGGGCCACCUUGAGUUACCUGUGGAGCAAUGAGCGACCUGCAUUGAUGAUUAACUCCAUCUGAUUUCCCGCGGUGUCACAAUUACUUCUCAAAUCACCAGGAAGUGUUCCUAACCACACCAUGGCAGUAGUGAUUGCAUUAGAUUUGGCUCCUGCACACCAGGAGCCUAUUGAUAGGCCGCCUCAUUGGAGCUCUUAUCAGUGGAGAGCUUGAUUAGAGGCGAUGCCCGAAAGGGGAGGGGCCACUCUUUCUUUCCUGUCGGGGUAUGGUGAUAGAUAAGUAUGAGACCCCCUGCAAGAAUGCGAUCACAUUGGAAAAAACAAGCCAUUGUGUUGCCUUCCCCCGGUAGAAUCAGAGACGCUCCAAAAUGCAGCAGCUGAUCCUGCCCGUUCUCCUGGCAUCCUUCUGGACCACCUGCACAGGAGCAGGAGAUUGGUGCUAUCAGUCCCAGUUCACCUGUGAUCAUCAAUGCAAUGCGCCAGACAAGUGGAACCACGCCAACAGCAACUGUGCAGGAAAAUCCCAGUCACCAAUCAACAUUGUCACCAGAAAGACUUUGAAAGACGAGCGACUGACUGUUUUCCAGUUCGACAACUACCAGCAGCUCUUUAAAGGCACCAUCAAGAACAAUGGCCACUCGGUUCAGGUUGGAGUUCCUCACCUGAGCAUCAUCUCAGGUGGAGGCCUGCCGACCAGCUACAAGGCUGUGCAGUUCCACCUGCACUGGGGCAACAACGGAGGGCCCGGCUCCGAACACACCAUCGAUGGGGAGCAGUAUCCCAUGGAGCUGCACAUUGUUCACAUGAAGCACCAUUACACUGAUCUGACAACAGCACUGUCAGACCCAGAGGGAGUUGCAGUCCUUGGGUUUUUCUACGAGAGGUCCAAUAGUGCAAACCGAAAAUAUGACCCCAUCAUCAGCGCUCUGCAAAGCAUCAAAGCUACAAAUGGCAAUACAUCUCUGCUUCCCAUCUCCCUGGCACAACUAAUCCCAUCUGAGCAGAAUCUGACCACCUAUUACCGCUAUAAGGGCUCUCUGACCACCCCAGGGUGCACUGAGGCUGUGAUUUGGACUUUGUUUGAGAAACCCAUCCCUCUGAGCAUGGAUCAGCUGCGGGUGUUCUCUGAGCUCAAGUUCCACGAUGGAAAGCCGAUGGUAGGGACCUUCAGGCCGGUCCAGCCCCUGAACGGUCGGAAGGUGUUCCGGUCGGGAGGCGCAUUGGUCCUGGCCAACUCAGCCCUUCUCGUGGCCGCCAUCGCCACUGCCUUGGGACUGUCCCGACUCAACUAGAGCGAGGCAUCCCAUGCUGCAGUGCGACAUCCAUGAACACAAGUUCUGUAUCACUCCUCAGCUGAACCCUAGUUUAUAACAUCUUCAUUGCAUGGUUGCUAAGAUGAUCGACCACAUCGUAGUGCAGGCAUGACUCACCUGGUAUUUCUCCCUUACAACACAAAUGACGAAGGCGUUCGAGGACUAUGCCUUACGAAAGGUGUUAUAAGGGUUCGAUCAGCAUUCAUGCAUGCAAAUUCAGCUGGUUUCAGCAUCAUGAAUGUGGUUACCACGCACUUGAAGUGACAACUGAAGUUAAACUCAACACCAGAUCCCUUAGCCAUGCCCUUAUUUUUCACAGCAUCAUCCUAUAAACACCAACACACACACAUCACAUCCUCGUACACUAGACCUCAUCCACCUUGUCCAAUGUCAGGUAAAUUUAGUCUCUGCUAAUGUCAGUGCGAGUCGCCAAUGUCAGCCCCAUGACCUGGCACGUGAUGUGUUGUUCUGAGCGGGGCAUGUGAACAGCAAGGAGCUAUUAACAGCAGAACUGAGUCACAAAAACCAAGCUCCAUUUCAAAGCCAGCAGUCAAAGGAAUCAGCAGUUUGUUUUUUCUUUCCAAGUCCAUGAUCACACGGCGCGGCCGUCAGGUGAACCCUGCAAAGCCACUCAGUCAGCAGUUGGUUCGAGAAAGGGGGGAGGGGUGUGAAGUCUUGCCUUUCUUGGCGGGAACAACUUCAUGCUGUUCUGAGAGCAGAGCUGCGGUCUAUCCCCUCCCAGAGUCAGAGGCUACUGACACCUGAGACAAAGAUGAAGAUGCAGAGAUGCUAAUGCUAAUAGUGGGUCACAAAGCAAGUGACAGCUUGGUUUCAGAGGGAAGAGGGAGUGUCUGCCGCGUGAGGAGGCAGCAACACUUUUGAGAAUCAACCAGGAUUUAAAAUGUCACUUCUCUCAAUGCCAUUAUUUUCAUGCAUCUCAAACACUUGCAUGAAUCUGCAUGUCUUGAUGUUCCAGAUGUUCAUUAUGAGCUACAUGUGCAUGGCUGCUGGAGUGAAGGUGCACACGAAAAACCGUGCUUGACAAAUUCAUACACAUACCUCAGUCACUCCAUUUCCCACUUUUGACCCGUAAAGUUCAGUGAGCUUAUCUUGAGAACAUGUGUGACUGUGUUCAUGGUUUGUAUUACAGGGUCUCGGAUGCACUGAAUGUUAUCGACUGAAUUACACCCCACUGAGUUCUCACUCAUUUAUUCAGGAGGACUCGUUAUGUAUUCUAGUGAGAGAUCUGUGCAAUUUUCCAGCAAGAUUUAAUGUGAUGAUUGAGCAAGGAAUCUGUAUAUUUUCCAUUGUUUCAUAAGGCAUCAAGUUAUAUUUCUAUGCUGUGUCAUUGUACACAUGUAUUUAUGUACUGAAUGUGUAUAUUGAUAUGAGACGCACAGUUAUUGUUAUUUAUGUGUGCAAAGUUUAUAUAGUACUGAAUGCAAUCCCAUUUAUGAAGCAUCAAGUUGUUCGUGACCAAUCGAGUUUACUUAUGAUGUUCAAGUGUAUGAGAUUGUCAGGUCAUAAUGCUUGCAAAGUGUCAUAAAUAAUAUGGAGAAUGUGUUCCAACAAAAGAAUAAACUACUUACAUGCCUUUUUAA